AAUUCUCAAAAACCAUACAUUUGCAUCUGAAGGCGUCUUGAUAAACGCCUUUUGAUUGUGUGUUUGUUUGUAUAUCGAGUUCUUAAUCUCCAAUUUCCUGUCAUAUCUCAAGUCUAAUCUCCUGCGAAAAUGAGAGAGUGCAUCUCGAUCCACAUCGGUCAGGCCGGUAUUCAGGUCGGAAACGCUUGCUGGGAACUUUACUGCCUCGAACAUGGCAUUCAGCCUGAUGGACAAAUGCCAAGUGACAAAACAGUCGGAGGAGGCGACGACGCUUUCAACACCUUCUUCAGCGAAACCGGCGCCGGAAAACACGUCCCACGCGCCGUCUUCGUAGAUCUCGAACCAACCGUCAUCGAUGAAGUCAGAACCGGAACCUACCGCCAACUCUUCCACCCUGAACAACUAAUCAGCGGCAAAGAAGACGCCGCUAACAACUUCGCACGUGGCCACUACACAAUUGGGAAAGAAAUCGUGGACCUCUGUUUAGACAGAAUCCGAAAGCUAGCUGACAACUGCACCGGUCUCCAAGGCUUCCUAGUCUUCAACGCCGUAGGCGGCGGCACCGGCUCCGGUCUAGGCUCUCUCCUACUCGAACGCCUCUCCGUUGACUAUGGAAAAAAGUCAAAACUCGGGUUCACAGUCUACCCAUCUCCCCAAGUCUCAACAUCAGUAGUCGAGCCCUACAACAGCGUCUUAUCAACCCACUCCCUUCUAGAACACACCGACGUCGCGAUUCUUCUUGACAACGAAGCCAUCUACGACAUCUGCCGCCGGUCACUAGACAUCGAACGGCCAACCUACACAAAUCUCAACCGUUUAGUCUCCCAAGUCAUCUCUUCACUAACGGCGUCGUUACGUUUUGAUGGAGCUUUAAACGUGGACGUGACAGAAUUCCAAACUAACCUAGUUCCAUAUCCGAGGAUUCACUUCAUGCUUUCCUCCUACGCUCCUGUGAUUUCAGCUGAAAAGGCUUACCAUGAACAGUUGUCAGUUGCUGAGAUAACCAACAGUGCGUUUGAGCCUUCUUCUAUGAUGGCGAAGUGUGAUCCGAGGCAUGGGAAGUAUAUGGCGUGUUGUUUGAUGUACCGAGGGGAUGUGGUUCCGAAGGAUGUGAAUGCUGCGGUGGCGACGAUUAAGACGAAGAGGACGAUCCAGUUUGUGGAUUGGUGUCCGACUGGGUUUAAGUGUGGGAUUAAUUACGAGCCGCCGACUGUUGUGCCAGGUGGCGAUUUGGCAAAGGUGCAACGGGCGGUUUGUAUGAUUAGUAAUUCGACUUCAGUUGCGGAGGUGUUUUCGAGGAUUGACCAUAAGUUUGACUUGAUGUAUGCGAAGAGGGCUUUUGUGCAUUGGUAUGUGGGGGAGGGGAUGGAGGAAGGGGAGUUUAGUGAAGCGAGGGAGGAUUUGGCUGCGCUUGAGAAGGAUUAUGAGGAGGUUGGUGCUGAAGGAGGGGACGAUGAAGGUGAUGAAGGUGAGGAGUAUUGAGUGUUUGUUAGUUGGUGUGAUUGUAUGUUUUCUGUCGCGAGUGACUUUACUACUCUUUAUAUGGUGGUGAUUUGAACUUGUUUUGUUUUGGGGUGUUGUGCCUUAGUAGUUUUGAUGUAAUGACGUACUUUAAUGUGAUCUUCUCUGCUUAUGGGUUUUA